UUUGCAGGGUUGAUUGUUGCAACUCUAGCAAUAUGCUGGCUGCCAAAUCAAGUUCGAAGAAUCAUGGCUGCUGCUAGACCUAAGCAGGACUGGACUGUCUCCUACUUCAGAGCAUAUAUCACCCUCCUCCCUAUAGCCGACGUCUUCUUCUACCUCAGCUCAGUAGUGAACCCGCUUCUGUACAAUAUCUCCUCCCAGCAGUUCCGGAAUGUCUUUCUGCAGGUCCUCCGUUGUCGUCUGACAUUAGAGCAUGCCAACAAACAGAAGCUUUUAAGAGCCAAUUUGAAUUCUGUAGCUGGCAGUAGCCGCUCCCACCGCCCGCUGAUCUUCAUGUCAUCCAGGCGCAAGUCUUCCACCAAGAGUGCUAACAAGGUUUUCUUGAGUACUUUUCUGAGCGAGACCAAGCCUGACUGCAGUGUGCAAAAACGGAAGCUUGAACCGUUGGAGCUAAAUGUGAAAACAACAUCACUGGAGAACAGCAGAGACCUUAAUCCUGCCAGCCAGAAUGGCCUCUGUGAACUUGAACUGUGA